AUGGAAUGUGUUAGACGGAGAAUUGAUUUGAGACUCGUGUCAUCUCCUAAAACGAUGAGGAAGUUGAUUAACCGUCAUACAUUUAAACACUGUACGCAAUACAACAAUAACCUGACAGCAGUCUCAUUAGAAAACAAAGUUAUUAAAUUCGAUAAACCGAUAUACAUCGGAUUCGCAGUGUUGGAAAUUAGUAAAACAUUAAUGUAUGACUAUCAUUAUAACGUCAUGCAGCGACAUUAUAAUGAUAAAAUUAGGUUGAUGUAUACAGAUACAGAUUCACUGGUAUAUCGGAUAACGACUGAGGAUUUUUAUAAAGAUGCUAUUGAUAAUCCAAUCCUCCUAAAUCGUAUGGAUACGUCAAAUCUUCCUAGAGAUCAUCCGUGUUAUGUAGGUACCCGUGCAAGGAUACCAGGAUUGUUCAAGGACGAGACAGAGGGUAGAGUGAUGUCUGAAUUCGUAGCACUCCGAGCAAAGUCAUACUCAUACAAAAUCGCUGGGUGGGAGGCGAUUGUGGCUAAAGGUAUUCGAGGACAUGUAGUCCGUAACCACCUUACCUUGGAUGAUCAUAAACGUUGUCUGUUUGAGAACGAUAAUAAUGAUGCAUAUAGAGUGAAUAUGUCCAUCCGCUCGUUUAAACAUCAAGUCAAAACGAUUAAGUCGUUAAAAAAGACGCUUAAUCGUUUCGACGACAAACGAGUUGUUAGCGAGGAUCGGAUACAUACACUUGCAUAUGGUCAUUACAAAUUACGUAUGGUGUGA